GCUGACUAACGCUGGCGCAUUGAUUUCCCUUUUUGUUAUUUAUUUGUAUCCAAAAAACAAACAAUGAACAAGAUGUGUGACGACGCCAAUGACGCUGCCUGGGACGACUCUCUGUUGAUUAAAGUCUACGAUGAGUCGGUUAAUUUGGCACGCGAGGCCUUGGCUCGCCGCUUGGCCGACUCGACCAAUACCCGCGAGGACGAGAACAAGAAGGAGGAAUUCAACGCUGAAUCGGCAACUGACGCCACCAGCCCCGAGCCUGUUUUCUUCAAGGUGGGCGACUAUGCCCGGGCCACAUUCACUGACGGCGUGGACUAUGAGGGUACCGUGGUGUCCAUCAACGAGGAGGCAGCUACUUGUGUGAUCCGCUAUCUGGGCUAUGAGAACGAGCAGGAGAUCUUGGUCGCCGAUCUGCUGCAAUCUUGGGGCAAGGACGCCCGUCGCCAACAGUCCCUGAUGGCCUAUCAGUUCGAGGCCGAGGAAGCGCAACAGGAAAAAGGUCGCGGCAAGUCUGCCAGUGCCUCCAAGAAGUCGUCCGUCAAGACCAAGUCUGCUGGUCCCUCUGCUAUACCGUGCAUGCCAACUAUGCCAUUGAUUCCUCCCAUUAUCCCGCCAUAUGGCAACGCGGGCGAGGAGCAGGACCUUAUGUCCAUGCUGACUGCAUGGUACAUGUCUGGUUACUAUACGGGGUAUUUUCAGGGCAAGAAGGCGAUUCCACUACAAGUGGAGAAGAAAAAGACUCCCAAGAAGUAAUUUGAAACUUGUAAAUCGUAAGACUUGUUACUCUUAAGAAGCCAACAGAAAAUAAAAAUUCUAAAAGUGAA